GAGGAGGAGCAGCCAGCCGAGGAAGCGUCAGGCGCGCCCGCCGAGGGUGCAGCCCCUGGCGCACCGGCGCAGCCGCCCACACCUCCGAAGGCGCCGGCUCUUGGAAUAAGGGGACCCACGUGGGACCUUUAUUACAGGGGCCGGAGCGACCCACUGAGGCAGAGGAGGGUGCCAGCAGAGCCAGAACAGAUCAUUGAAGACACUGGCGCGAGAGCAUCAUCCGAGCCACCGGCUGCCGAGGGCGAGGUGGAUCUGUCCAGAGCUGGCGGGAAUCCGGUAGAAGAUUCCCUGCGAUCUGCCAGGCGCGUCCGCACCCCGCCGGCGCGGCGAGCGCAAGAGGAGGCACGCCUGGAGGAGCUUAGGCUCCGCGGCUCGGUGUUUGCCUCUUUUAGGGACGCCGAAGACGCGGAGCCUGAGCAGGCAGCCGGCGAGCAGGAGACCGAGGAGGUAGAGGUAGAGGUCGAGGUUGCCCAAGGUGACGACCGGGGUGCUGCCGAAGGCGCACCAGACGACGAGCCAGCAACCGAAGGCCGACAGGCAGAAGGCGCCGAGGAGGAAGAGGCAGCAGAGGAAGACGAGGCAAUAGACGUGCACCCUGCCUCGGAGGCAACAGUUUCUCCAGCCACCUCGGGCCGCAGCCCCAACGCGAGAGAUCCGGUGCAGCGCACCGCGCACCAAGGGGACGCAGAAGAAGCCCUAAGUGCACCCGAUCCGUUUGAUCUGCCAGACGACGCGUGGAUCGAUCCCAGCUCCUACUUCUAA